AUGGGACGCCGCAAGAUCCAGAUUCUUCCUCUGCAGGAUGACCGCAAUCGGGCUGUCACAUUCCAGAAGCGGAAGAACGGCCUCAUGAAGAAGGCGUAUGAAUUGUCCGUACUGUGCAGCUGCGAUGUUGCCGUCAUUGUCUUCAAUCAGAACGGCAAGCUCUACCAAUUCGCCUCGAAUGGCCAUAUAGAUGACAUCAUGCUUCACUACGCCGACUCAAAGGAAGCCUUUGAGAGCAGGGGCCCGGAGGACUAUGCAGCAGGCGCACAAUCGACAUUGCUGACAUCGAGUGCUCCGGCAGCCAGCGGAUCAAGCACUAGGCGGAAUACGCGGGCAAGGCUAGCAGAGGCGUCGGAUGGCAGCGACGGCGAGGACGACGAGCUUUCGGAUGAGCCUAUAGAGAAUGUGUCCCUUCCUGCACACCAGCAGGCUAUGGCCAUGUCAGGUCUUGCAGGAGGACCGUCAUAUGCUCAAGGUUCGCCCUUUGCAAACGACGCAAUCUAUGCCAUGCCUGCUGUCGGUGGGCCUCAAUGGAACAACUUUGCACAAAGUCGAGGCGGUCAACAGCCGUAUACGCAGCAGCAAGUGCACCCGGUCUACGCGCAACCUAAUCAGCAUUCACAAGCGCAACAGCAGCAGUAUUCUUCAUAUCUAUCACGACCGCCGCCCCCACCGCAUUCCCUCUCCGAAAGCUAUGCGCAUGCACCUACGAUAUACAACAGAAUGCCUUAUAGCGGUCUUCCGAGCGCCUUUGGGUCUGGCAGUGCGCCACUGGCUGGCCCAGCAGGAUUUGGCGUGCGGUCAGAGUCGCCUAGGCUAUCAAGUUUGAGGCAGCCUGAAGGUCAACAACCGGUAUCACAGCAGCAGCGCUUCGAUUCGCCCCAACCGAUGUCAGACCCCGAAGCAGCGCGGCAAGAUCCUCAACGGCGGCCACUGUAUCGCACGAACAGCGGCAGAUCCGAUGCGGCAACGACAGCGCAUGGCUCUGGUAGCCAACGCGAGUCACCCAAACCCCGACUGAGCCUAGACAUACCCGCCGAGAACGCUUCGCCUUCGCCUGCGCUCAACGGUAUUCGACAUCAGGCCGCCACAGACGAGAUGCUCAGCGACGGAGCUGCUGUCAUUACACCCGUAUCGGCAUCUACAGCGGCUGCUGCCAUCAUGCUAGCGACAGAGAAGACGCCCGAUGGUGACGCGCGGUAUCGAGAAGCUAUUUCCGCGCUCUUCCCGAACUUCUCGACCGACGAAGAUCUACAGAGUGUGUUGGCUAAUAGCGCACGUCAAGCAGCGGCAGAGCAGCACGAAGAAGGCCAAGGGCCAUCAACAGAGUUUCGCUGGCCCAGCGACGCCAAGCCCGUUGCAGCCGAGAGCACCGAGGGUGCUACUGCAGAGGGGCAAGAUCGGAGGAAGAGGCCGAAGAGAGAAGCGACCUGA